AUGAAGCUACGUGGCGUAUUCCGAGGGACCAAGCUGCCAGCUGGACUGCACACCAUUGGUACCAAGUGGGUGUUUAAGAUCGAGCGCGAGGCUGAUGAAUCGAUCGAAACGUGCAAGGGCGAGUCUUGUGGCAAAAGGGUUCAAGACGAGAAAUGA